AUGUUCGAUUUGUUCGGCUUCAUUAGAGAACUGAUUAGCAGCAUGUUGGCGAUAUUUUCCUUCGGUAAAAAGAAGCUCUCCAACUCGCUGAGCGUGUACGUAAAAACGAAUACCGGCAAUACGCUGUCCGUCGACCUGCAACCACACAUGGAAAUUAAGGAUGUGAAGGAAAUGGUUGCACCACGCCUCGGACUUGAACCGCAGGAACUUAAGAUCAUUUUUGCCGGGCGAGAGCUUUCCGAUACGACGACGAUUAGUGAAUGUGACCUGGGUCAGCAAUCAAUCAUACACGUCGUGAAAAGUCGUCCCACCUCGGCAUGGCAGAAAAAACCCACUAAACCAACGUUAAAUGGUACCAUUGCAGAGGAACCAUCGCCCGAUGAACAACAGAACAAACCACUCUCUGAGACAAUGUCCGAGCUGACUGUGUUGGAUGAAAGGAAUGGUCCCGGUGUAGCAGUGCGAACAAAGGCACACUUUUUCGUGUACUGUUCGCAGUGUGAGAAGGUUUGCACUGGGAAGCUACGGGUACGGUGUGGCAUUUGCGGCAGUGGAGCAUUCACCGUUCACCGGGACCCAACCUGCUGGGACGACGUGUUGAAAAGGAAGCGAAUAACUGGCCAUUGUGAAAACUAUGAAAUUGCUUGUGUGGAAAACGAUGAAGGUGAGCCGCCCUUCACGGAGUUUUACUUUAAGUGUUCUGAACACUCAUCGGGUGGGGAGAAAGAUUUUGCAGCUCCGCUGAAUCUGAUCAAAACGAACCACAAAAGUAUCCCUUGCAUAGCCUGUACGGAUGUGAGUGAUACGAUUCUAGUCUUCCCGUGUGAGGCUGGGCAUGUAUCCUGUUUGGAUUGCUUUCGCCAGUACUGUGUGACCCGUUUGCUUGAGCGACAGUUCGUAGAGCAUCCUUCCGGUGGUUACACGUUGCAAUGUCCGGCUGGCUGUGAAGCAUCCUUCAUCGAGGAUGUGCACCAUUUUAAGCUGCUGAACAAAGAGCAGUACGACCGGUAUCAACGAUUCGCCACGGAGGAAUUUGUGCUGAAGAAUGGUGGAGUGCUCUGUCCACAACCGGGUUGUGGUAUGGGGUUGUUGGUAGAUCCAGAAUGUCGCCGUAUUCAGUGCCAGAAUGGUUGUGGGUACGUAUUCUGUCGCAGCUGCUUGCAAGGUUACCAUAUUGGUGAGUGCUUCGAAACGCCGACACCUGCAACUCCCGGCAACGAGCAAGGGUACGCGAUCGAUCCACAACGUGCAUCGGAAGCGCGUUGGGACGAGGCGACGAAGAUUGCGAUCAAGGUGACAACGAAGCCGUGUCCCCAGUGUCGUACCGCAACGGAACGCGAUGGCGGCUGUAUGCAUAUGGUUUGCACACGAUCGGGCUGUGGUUUCGAAUGGUGCUGGGUAUGUCAAACGCCUUGGACGCGCGAUUGCAUGGCUGCGCAUUGGUUUGGAUAA